AUGUCGGUGUCGACUGCGCAGGGCCGGCUGCUUGAGGGCGACGAGGCCACGGCUGCGUCGCCGCCGCCCCAUGCCCGGGCGCCGCCGUCGUCGCGGUACAAGGGCGUGGUGCCGCAGCCCAACGGGCGGUGGGGCGCGCAGAUCUACGAGCGCCACGCGCGCGUCUGGCUCGGCACGUUCGCGGACGAGGCGGCAGCCGCGCGCGCCUACGACGUGGCCGCGCUCCGCUUCCGCGGCCGCGGCGCCGCCGCCAACUUCCCGGGCCCCGCCGACGCGGCCGAGAUGGCGUUCCUCGCCGCGCGGCCCAAGGCCGAGGUCGUCGACAUGCUACGGAAGCACACCUACGACGACGAGCUCCGGCAGGAGCUGCGGUCCGGCGGCAGCGGCGGUGACCGCUCCUCCCUGGGUCUGGUGGUACUCCCCCGGGUGGCGCUGUUCGAGAAGGCGGUGACGCCGAGCGACGUCGGCCGGCUCAACCGGCUGGUGGUGCCGAAGCUCCACGCCGAGAAGCACUUCCCGCCGCUCCAGGAGGGCGCCGCCGCCGACGCGGCUCCCGUGCUGCUCGCCUUCGAGGACGUCGGCGUCGGCGACGGGAAGGUGUGGCGGUUCCGGUACUCGUACUGGACCAGCAGCCAGAGCUACGUGCUCAGCCGGGGCUGGAGCCGCUUCGUCAGGGAGAAGGGCCUUGCCGCCGGUGACACCGUCGCGUUCUCGCAGGCGCGAUCACCUACGGCGAGACUAUGGAUGUGA